AUGCUUGUCGAAAAAACAUCCUCUCAGCCGCAGUAUCAUCCUCGAUCUAAAACCCUAACGUCGGCUUUUGACAGCAGAAGCCAGAAGAGACAGCGAAAGUAUGAAGAAGAAUCGAGUGACAGGAUCAGUGAGUUGCCUGAGGCUUUGAUUAUUCAGAUACUGUCUCUACUUCCUACAAAAUCUGCCAUGGCCACGAGUGUUCUGUCUAAACAAUGGCAGUUUCUCUGGAAGAUGAUGCCUGUACUCAAGUUUGACUAUUGUGAUCACAUAGCCAAGACAUUUCCAGAGAAUGUUUGCAAGUCUUUGCUUUCCCAUAAAGCUCCAAUUCUAGAGAGUUUGCAUCUCAAUUUUGGUGCAUGGAACUGUACUUCUACUGAUAUUGAAAUGUUGACUGCAACUGCAGACGCAAGACAUUUGCGAGAGUUAGUACUCAAGGUUGAGUCAAAGCUAAAGCAAUUCGGAUUUCCUAAAACCUUGUAUAACUGUGAAACACUAGAGACCUUGAUACUCAAGCUUUAUGUUUAUGUGGAUGCCCCUUCUCAAGUUUGUCUAAAGUCCCUGAAAACUCUACAUCUUGACAAUGUGUUCUUCAAAAACGAAGCAUCGGUUGUUAACUUUUUAUCUUCUUUCCCUAAUCUUGAAAAUUUGUUGUUCGAUCCAACUGUAUUCGUCAAAGGCUUCGAGAUUAAGAUUCCUACCGGCAUCAUCUUCAACCAGCUGGUACAUUUGGAGCUAUGUGCAAGUAAAGCGUGGUGGAAUCUAGUUACUUUCAUGCUCAAUAGUUCUCCUAGAUUGCGAGUCUUCAAGCUCAUCAAAGAACGGGUUUGUUGGAGUGACAAUUACAUUGCUUAUGGGCAAUGGAAUCAACCAAAGGAUGUUCCCGAAUGUUUGUUGUUUUAUCUCGAGACAUUUAUGUGGAUAGGCUACAACGAAUAUCUAGUACGAGAGGAGAAAAAAGUGGCGAAAUACAUUCUAAGGAACGCAAAUAUUCUGAAGAGAGCAACUUUCUCUUCAAAACGCAUUACUUCUGAUGAUAGGCUCGAGUUGGAGAGUGUGUCUGAGUUUUUGAUGUAG